AUGUAAUUCGACAUUCGAAAUGAUAAAGCUUCAGAAGAUUAAAAUUAAACUCUUGUAAAUGAAUAAGAAUGUUAAAGUUGUUAGAAGCAAGAUCUCAUAAAAGUGCUUCCUUUAAAACAAAUUUAAAAGAGUAGAAAAUAGUUGAAAAGAAAAACAACAAUCUUUGAUGAUGAGGAGAAUGGUUUUAAAAAUCCUUUUGAAGAUAGUAGAGUUACAAGAAUGAUAUUCGAAAAAGGUAGAACUGUAGAAUUAGCAAGAUUUUGUUUAAUAGUGGCAACCGUAAUUCUUAACAUCUUAGAAGUAUAUUUAUUUUGAUUUAGUAUGAAUAUAGCUUUUCAACUUAUCUUACAAAGAACUUAGAUUAUGAAUUGACUAUAUUGCUAUUUGUUAUUUUCUCGAUGUCAAUAAUAAUAAUAUUAUUAACUAUCCUUACUUAUCAAAUCGACCUAGAAUAUCGAAAGUGUUCUAGGACAAUCUCUCAAAAAGCUACUUUAAUAGAAACUGACCUUAUAUGGUAUUUACUAGUUGAAAUAAUAAUAAUUUUACCAACAUCAAACCCCUUUACAAGAAAUCAAUAUAUAGUAUUUAUUCAAAGAGGAUCUGGUGAGGUAAGAUUUUAUACAAUCAAUGAGAUAUUCACAUAUAUAAUGUUCUUUCGUUUAUAUUUGCUUCUCAAUAUAGGAUUCAAAUUUUAAACUUAUUAUUCAAAUAGAAAUGGAAGAUUGUGGUAAUUUAUUUGUCUAUGUUAAUUUAAAGUCGGUUAUAUCAAACUCGUUUUAGUACUCAUUUAAUGUUAAAGCUUUGCAUAAGGCAAUUUCCAUUUCAUACUUUAAGUUGGUUAUUCAUAGUUGGUUUAAUACAGUAUACUUACUAGUUAGAAAUAGCUGAACGAUCAUUGUUAAGAACAUUUGAAUAUAUAAAUACUGAGAAUAUAAGUAAAAGUUUGUGGGUUACAAUGAUUACUAUAGCAACUGUAGGAUAUGGAGAUUUCUAUCCUUAUACAGAUUUAGGAAGGAUUUCUCUAGGAUUAGGAUUAUUUUAUGGUGUUUCUAUAACUUCUCUAUUUACUGCUAUUUUAUAUAAUAUGCUUUAACCUGAUGUUGGAGAAUCUAAAUCUUGGGCUUUAUUAGAAAAAACUCAAAUUACUAAAAAUAUGAAAUAAGCUAGUUCAAAUAUAUUUUUUUAUUUUUAUAAAUUAAAAAAACAGAGGAUAGUUGCAAAACGGUUGAAUCUUCAAGAGAAUCUUAGUGGUAUUCUAUCUAAUUUAGAAAAUUAUUUAUCAGAUGUUGGAAUAAUGAGAAGGUAUUUAAUUCAAUUUAAUAUUUAUUAUAGAAUGUAUAGAGAUAUUGAUGGAGAAGAAUUUAUGGAAAUGGUUAAGAGAAAAUUUGAUGAUUCUAAUCACAGUUUUAAAGAUUUAAAAAUUGAUUUAUAAGAAAUGAUGGAAUAACAUUAAUUAAUAAGAAAUUGUUUAGAAAAAAAUUAAGAUUCUAAAUUAUUUAAAGUUAAACCAUUUGAAUAUUAAAACUUACACUAAGGUUAAUUUAGUUCUCCUUAAAGUUAUUAAUAUAAAUUAAAUACUGAAGAUUAACUUAGUAAAGAUGAUGAUUUUUUUGAAAACUUAGAAGAAUCAAAUAGAGAUUCAUGUCUAAUGAGCUUUCAUGAUUGA